CGAGAAGAAGCUUCGCAGUUCUUUUGCCGUUGCAGUCCAGAGGCGAGCAGUCUUGUCGGAGCUGAGCUCUAGGCGGUUUUCUCAGGAGACUCUGCGUUAAAGUCUGAAGAGGCUCGGAAAGCUGAAAUAUUUUAGCAUUCCUUCGCUGCCGAACUAUCUGAAGAGUGUGCUUUGACUUAAAACGCUGUAGUUUAAAAUUGAAGUUAGCAAGCCUGUUAGCUGAGUUGUGAAAAUGUUGAGCGUCACCAGAAGCGUUUCAAGGACUCUUCCCACGAGGAGCAACAUCAGAAGCGUUUCGUUCUUGAUUAAAAAGGCAUGCUGGACCGGCUUCCAACCAGAUGCUCUUAGAGCCCUCUCCAGGAGAGAUUAUGCGUCUGAAGCCGUCAAAGGUGCAGUCAUUGGGAUUGACCUGGGAACCACAAACUCAUGUGUUGCAGUCAUGGAGGGCAAACAGGCCAAGGUGCUGGAGAACGCAGAGGGAGCCAGGACAACUCCUUCAGUCAUUGCUUUCACAGCAGAUGGUGAGCGUCUGGUGGGCAUGCCUGCUAAACGCCAGGCUGUUACCAACCCUCAGAACACACUCUAUGCCACCAAAAGACUGAUUGGACGGCGCUUUGAAGACCCAGAGGUGCAGAAAGAUCUGAAGAAUGUUCCCUACAAAAUUGUGCGUGCAUCAAAUGGUGAUGCUUGGGUUGAGGCUCAUGGCAAAGUGUACUCCCCUAGCCAGGCAGGAGCCUUUGUUCUUAUGAAGAUGAAAGAGACUGCAGAGAGCUACCUGGGAAGCACAGUGAAGAAUGCUGUGAUCACUGUUCCAGCCUACUUCAAUGACUCUCAGAGACAGGCCACCAAAGAUGCCGGGCAGAUUGCUGGUCUGAGCGUCCUGCGUGUGAUUAACGAGCCAACUGCUGCUGCGCUGGCCUACGGCCUGGACAAGACCCAAGAUAAGAUUAUUGCUGUAUAUGAUCUAGGUGGAGGUACGUUUGACAUCUCAAUCCUGGAGAUACAGAAGGGAGUUUUUGAGGUGAAGUCCACCAAUGGUGACACCUUCCUUGGAGGAGAGGACUUUGAUCAGCACCUCCUCAGACACAUUGUCAAGGAGUUCAAGAGAGAGUCUGGUGUAGACCUGAUGAAGGACAACAUGGCUCUUCAGAGAGUCAGAGAGGCUGCUGAGAAGGCAAAGUGUGAGCUGUCCUCUUCACUGCAGACUGACAUCAACCUCCCCUACCUGACUAUGGACGCCUCCGGUCCCAAACAUCUUAACAUGAAGCUAACUCGUGCUCAGUUUGAAGGUAUUGUGGCUGACCUUAUCCGCCGCACCGUGGCUCCUUGCCAGAAGGCCAUGCAGGAUGCUGAAGUGUCCAAGGGAGACAUCGGAGAGGUGCUACUGGUGGGAGGCAUGACACGCAUGCCCAAGGUUCAGCAGACAGUCCAGGAUCUGUUUGGCCGAGCCCCCAGCAAGUCUGUGAACCCUGAUGAAGCUGUCGCUAUUGGAGCAGCCAUCCAGGGUGGUGUUCUGGCUGGCGAUGUAACCGAUGUGCUGCUUUUGGAUGUGACUCCACUGUCGCUGGGUAUCGAGACUCUGGGUGGUGUCUUUACCAAGCUCAUCAACAGGAACACCACAAUUCCCACCAAGAAGAGCCAGGUGUUCUCCACAGCAGCUGAUGGACAGACUCAGGUGGAGAUCAAAGUGUGCCAGGGUGAGAGAGAGAUGGCAACAGACAACAAGUUGCUGGGUCAGUUUACUCUGGUAGGAAUCCCUCCAGCCCCUCGCGGAGUCCCUCAGAUCGAGGUCACAUUCGACAUCGACGCCAACGGCAUCGUCCAUGUGUCGGCCAAGGACAAAGGCACAGGCCGCGAGCAGCAGAUUGUGAUCCAGUCAUCAGGAGGCCUCAGUAAAGAUGACAUUGAGAACAUGAUCAAGAAUGCUGAGAAGUACGCAGAGGAGGACCGGAGGAGGAAGGACCGUGUGGAGGCUGUCAACAUGGCUGAGGGCAUCAUCCAUGACACAGAAUCUAAGAUGGAAGAGUUCAAGGACCAGCUCCCUGCUGAUGAGUGCACCAAGCUGAAGGAGGAGAUUUCAAAGGUCAGGAAUCUGCUGACCAAUAAGGACUCUGAGACAGGAGAGAACAUCAAGCAGGCUGCAACCGACUUACAGCAGGCAUCACUCAAACUGUUUGAAAUGGCCUACAAGAAGAUGGCAGCAGAGCGGGAUAGCACCAGCAGCAGCUCCAGUUCUUCAGAAGGAGAGAAGAAAGAAGGCCAACAGUAGACCUUAUUAACACUUGGCUGUCAUGAGAUGACCGUGACAGCAGAGGACUGUUGGGCUUGUGUGGUGGACAAGGCGGAAGGAUGAUCGCCCGAGUCAUUCUUGCGUAACACAACAUUCUACUGUGUUUUGGCAGUAAAAUAGAAAAGAUAAAUGUCAGUGUAUGUUCCAUGUCCCAUGAUAUCCUGUUUCUAAUUUAACUGUCUGGAAAAAAAAAAGUUGUUUAUUUUUACAAGGAUGUUAAUUUCCAUUCUGAGGUAGUGAAACAUUUUCUUGUUGAAGAUAUCACAUUUCUUUUGUUCAGUUUCUCAAAGCGGGCUGCUCGUUCAUAGCACUUAUUUGUACCGGUUCACUCUGAGAGGUGUGGUACCGAGGAUGUACCACUGCAGAGCGCUGAAUAAGAGAAGUCUCCUUUUGGUGUACUCUAUUAACAUCGCGGAGGCUGCCAGUCCCCCUCCCUGUUGCCCUGAGUGCAUUCCAUUGACUUGCAUUCAUUUCAUCACUUGUAAUGACUGGUUUGUGAUCAUGUGGUCACAUUUUCUGGCAUCACGCCAAUUCCUUAAACAGUAAAUUCAAAGUAUGUCUGUGAGAUGAGAAUUUUAAGAAUAUAAUAAGUGUGUGAGAAACUCCCUUUUGGCUCUUAAAAUGCACUUCUUUGGUCACCUUAAACCGAGCAUGGGUUGAACUCUACGCAACACAUGAUGGGACAGCUAACUAGAUUCUGAAUUGACAUCAUGGUUCACUUCUGACAGACAACAGGAGAAAGAAGUAAUGCAUGAGGAGUGUGGAGCAACUGUCAUUCGUUGACUGCUGGAAACUGCUCUGUGUACAGUGACUCGCUGUGUUGAGCACUCUACUUUAAAAAGAAGCAGCAGUAGUGUAUUUUAUUGAAAAGUUCUGUUUAUUGUGAGGGGAUGGGAUGGGUGAUUAUAUUAAUGAAGUGAAAACAGAGAAUCAUAGUAACUUGCCCUUUUUUUUCUUUUUCUUUUUUUCUUUUCUUUUUUUUAAAUAAAAAUGUGAAAUAUG